AUGCGGACUCUUCACGAGUACUUGGAUUAUUCAAAUGGGGAUUUUCCCGCCCCCACACAUCACACCUCCUCCUCAUCCACCUCGUCGUCUGUCGCAGACGUACAAAAACGAAAUCUCAGUCUGGAUGAGGACUGGGAAAGACGCUAUGACGACCUGCUGGACGAUAUGAAUAGUCUUUACAAAAAUGAAAGCAGCCUGGGCAAGGACUCAGGGAUGGCAUUAUUUCCUAAAGAAAGCCCCUUCUAUUAUAUGGAAUAUUACAAUCAGGAUAGGCGCAAAGUGUCAGCAGAAGAACCGCAUGUGGAAAGUCAGGUAACCUCAACGAAGCCCUUUGUAAGCCGCCUCCCCGAGCUGACCGACUACGAGACAGAACACUUUCCGGAACCCAUCCCACCCUCCCCCCUUCUGCCGCCGCUUAAAGAGACAGAGAGCACAAAACAGCAGCAGCAACAGCAACAGCGGCACUUCCUCCUUACCACCCUGCUUCCAAUCUGCGCACUCAUUAUCCUCGUCCUACUGGUCACCCUGGUGGUAAUUUGGUUCCUGAAGUUCCGCGGAGGCAGCAAGAAAUCACAGCAGAAGGAUGAUGCAGCGGCCGCCAGCGAGGCACAAGAACCCCUAGCGAUGACGGAGGAUAGUUGGAACGGCAAAAAGAACGGCAUUUCCAGCAAAAUCGACACCAGUCAUGAUAAAACACGUGAGCCUUUCGUCUUUUAUUCUCUAGUGCUGAGAGAUUUGUUUUAA